AUGUUUGGAGAUCAAAAUCGUGUUGCUAGGCAAACUGCAAUGAAGGAACUUAUGAAUACUACUAUGGUAGAAGAGACCUCAGUAAGGGAUCAUGUUCUGAAGAUGAUCGGUAUUCUCAAUGAGCUAAAGAUCCUUGGAGUUGAAAUCGAUGGGGAAACCCAGGUCGAUAUCGUUCUCCAAUUGCAACUCGACUCUUUCAAACAGUUUUACCUGAACUACAACAUGAAUAAGCUCUCUUACUCAUUGGCGGAACUACUUAAAGAGCUUCAAGCAGCCGAGGGCCUCAUUAAGAAGCCAACUAUUGCUCUUCUGAGAAACGUUCUUUUUCUAGGCCAAAAGGUUGAAAAAAGCAGAAAAAGGCUCAGAACCCACAGGGAACUCCGCCAGUAG